AUGGGUAUUUACAAGUCAUAUAAGCACCAAUUUCAACUAAAAAAUGCCAAUAAAAUUCGUCUUGAAAAACAUCGAAGGAAUCUAUUAUUACAAGAACAAUCUGCAUCCCCUAAUGAAGUAUCUACCAAUGAAGAAGCUACCAAUGAAAUAUCUACCAAUGAAGCAGUCACCAACAAAGUACGCUAUUUUUGUCUAAAAAAUGGUUAA